CGAUGUACACCUCCAGAGUUCCGAACGAGGAGACGUUGGCGACUUUACUCGUGGAAGCGGAAAGCAUCGACAACUCAAGGCCGCUGAUGUUCAUCCCACUGCAGUCAGAACAGCAAGAAGCAUUGACGCCGAACCAUUUCCUGUUGAUGAGCUCACGUGGAGUGAUUCAGCCCCCGAGGACGUCGGUGGAACCGAGGCUGGCCUGCAGAGGAGACUGGCAGCUGUGUCAGACGAUGCUAGAUCGCUUCUGGCAGCGUUGGAUUCGGGAGUAUCUCCCAACGAUUGCUCGCAGAACCAAGUGGCUGGAGGAGACCAAGCCGAUCGAGGUAGGCGACCUGGUGAUCGUCGUAGAGGAAAAGGUUCGGAACGGCUGGAUUCGAGGACGAGUGGUGGAGGUCUACACUGGACGAGAUGACAGAGUGCGUGAUGCGAUGGUGCAAACUGCGGACGGCUUUCUGCGACGACCGGUUACAAAACUGGCGCGCUUGGAUUUGGAAGGGUGUAAGCCUGAACCGGAAGUUUCGGACCAGCUUAACGGGUCGGGGAACUGUUCCGGCGCGGCGCAGCAAACGUCAACAUAAGAAGCCCCUCGGCGGGAUCGAGGGUGUAAAGGUCGGUCGAGGUAUAAUAACCAAUGCAAAAUUAGUCCUCGGGCAAACGUUGACGUUUGCGCGAAGAAAAGUCACAGCGACGAUAGGGAAAGGAAAUCAAAACAAACCCGUUCGAUUUGAAGCAAGUGCGCAAAAAGUGUUUCUUUCUAAAUUAAGAGAAUUACGUGAUUUAGCAGCAGUUUGAAAUCUAUUUGGUUGAACUAAACACCCCGCUGAGGCCGCAGGUUGAAUAAUCGUCUGGAUCGAUCUGGAACCGCCGGAUUUCCGCAGGAUUGAGGUUAUCUGAAAACGAUCGAACUCCCAAAUUGUGGGAAAUUGUUGGGAAGCCGUUUGAGAUUAGGGUGACCGAUCUUUUAGCAAUCGUUACAAACAGAAUCGACGGUGUCGUUGCUCAAAAGAACCCCGAAAAUCUUCCCCAACAACUCCAA